CGCUCGGGAGCAGAGAUGGUACCGUCCGGAGGCCGGGCGGAGACUGCGGCUGCGCUUCUCCAGAAAGGGCAGGCGGCGCGGGGCCGGCCACUUCCGCACUUCCGCUUUCCGGCCCAGCCAGCCUCCGCGAUGACUGCCACUCUCCGCCCCUACCUGAGUGCCGUGCGAGCCACGCUGCAGGCGGCCCUCUGCCUGGAGAACUUCUCCUCCCAGGUCGUGGAGCGGCACAACAAGCCCGAGGUGGAAGUCAGGAGUAGCAAAGAGCUCCUGUUGCAGCCGGUGACCAUCAGCAGGAAUGAGAAGGAAAAGGUUCUGAUCGAGGGCUCCAUCAACUCUGUCCGGGUCAGCAUCGCAGUGAAACAGGCUGAUGAGAUUGAGAAGAUUUUGUGCCACAAGUUUAUGCGCUUCAUGAUGAUGAGAGCAGAGAAUUUUUUUAUCCUCCGAAGGAAGCCCGUGGAGGGGUAUGACAUCAGCUUCCUGAUCACCAACUUCCACACGGAGCAGAUGUACAAGCACAAGCUGGUGGACUUUGUGAUCCACUUCAUGGAGGAGAUCGACAAAGAGAUCAGCGAGAUGAAACUGUCGGUCAAUGCCCGAGCGCGCAUCGUGGCUGAGGAGUUUCUCAAGAAUUUUUAAACCAUCUGGCUGGAUCACGUGGCCUCCCCUUCUGCCUCCCCCACGUCUCUGCGAAGGCAUCCUGGAGUUAUUUCUUGGAGCCAAGAUGGCAGCUGGAGUGGGGAGCUGGGUUCGGGGUGGGCGCUCGAUGAGGGGGAGGGGUGGCGUGGCGUGCUUGCUAGCUGGGCAAGAAAGCAGCCGUGGACCGACCUGCCCCAAGGCCACGUGUGCCUGGUCAAGCUGGCUUCUGAUGUGCAGUCCCCUGGGCCGGGACAGGUUUUUUGUUUGGUUUUGUGUUUUUUUUAACGUCUUGAAACUUAAACUCUGUGCUUGUAGGAGACUGUAAUGGUUUAUUUUGUCUUGUUUUGUUUUUAAACAAACAACCUCCAGUGACGGUGACUGGUCCCAGUGAUUGUACCUUAUUGGUUGCUGUGGGUCUGGGCGGGCCUGGAGCCAGAAGGCGACUACUGUUCCUCCUCCUGUCACCCCACGUGGGGAGGGCGGGUGUAGACACUGGCUCCUCUCCCUGCCCGCCUGCUUGGGUCCAGAUGGAAGCUGUGAGGGCCCUCUGCUAGCCUUCUAAGCGCGGCCUGAAGAUGGCCACGUGGCACUGUUGGGAACAAGGGCUGAAGCAGUCAGUGGCUACCAGCUAUGCUUGGGAGCCGGAGGCCGAGAGCCAGACCACCUUUGACCACAGGGGCCCUUGGCGCUCGGCCUCACCCUGUCUGCCACGGCAGGGCCUGCUGGUGAUGGAGAGGCAGGCUCUCCACAGCCCAGACCUGGCCCUCCUCCCUCGCUCCCACGCUCGCUGUACUGUCUCCUAGCUGGUGGCUCCUCCCUUCCUUAAUUAAAAUACCUUCUUGCCCUUUGGGGCCUGCAUGAGUUCUGUGCUCUGUGUGUCUAUGAAAGGAGGGGAGCUGGAGGGCAGAGCCUCGCAGCUGGUACUUGUCAGAUCCUGAUGCCAACCCCGCCAAAGUCAGACCCCUUCUUGCAGGCUAGGCAGCAUCUCCUUGGGAGCCUGCGCCUUGGGAUCCUUCCCAUCCUUCCCUGUUCGGUAGCUGCCGUUGAACCCCGCCAGAGAGCAAGAGGUCAACUUGAGGGGCUGUAGCACACGUGGUUAGUGAAAUUAAUUUACAUACAGUCGUUUGAAAUCCAGCUUCUCGCUCCCACUAGCCACAUUCAAAGUGCUAAUCAUAAGUGACUAGUGGCCCCACAGCCGAGGACAUAGACGUGGAACGUGUCCGUCAUCACAAAGGUCUGGUCCACGGCGCUAGAGCUGUUGGGUGAGGCCUAGGAGUGGAAAAAUAAAAAUCCUUGAGUUUGUGGUCCAA